AUGUCUCAUUUCCCUGCACCUCCUCCAGUUCCUCCUCCACCCGCCUUCAAUCAGCUCCACAUCCGGCUGCCGAAGCCACCACCAGUUCCCCAAUCCGGGCCGGACGGUGCCUAUUUGAUCGAGCUAGCCGUAUACAAUGGCUAUCCAUUCAAAGACCACUGGGCGUACUUUGUGCGCUCGCAUACUGAUCCUGAAAUUGGUGUCAAGAUUCACGCAACGGGUGAUGUGAGAAAUGGGUUCCAGCUCGAGUCGAAGCGUAGCCAUGAUUUGCGUGACACUGUCGACAUACCAUCAAAAAGAAUCCCCCUCCAAUGGGUUGAUGGCAAGUAUUUCGAUUCACGCAAAAUGUUCAACGGCGGCGUACCGGUGAUAGAAAGCAAACCCGUAUGUGGCUUCGAGGAUAGCGUAUACAAGAUCCCAGCUCCCAGGAAAUCAAUGAACACAAUUGACGAUGUUGUCCAGCCGGGGAAGGCUAUUAUACAGAGAGACUGCCAGACAUGGAUAGUCGAAUCUGCGGACCAGCUGGUAGCCGAUGGCAUCUUUGCGGCGCAUGUGGCUGCAUAUCUCCAUGCCCUCAAGCAGUGA